ACCAGCCAUUGCCGCAAAUGUGGACUCUUCUGUGAUACGAAUCAGGGAGGUGAUUAGUUGGAUGAAUCAGGAAGUUAAUUGGAUACUCCAGGAAACCAUUCAAGGACGUGACAACCACUGCUGCACAGUGUAACUGCUUAGGCCCUUUCCGACAUUUCUACCACCACAAAACAACAGGGUCCUUAACGAAAGCAUCUUUGAGCAGAUCAGACAGGAGGAUGGCGGAAGGCUUCUUGAUGGAGGUGUGUGUGGAUUCUGUUGAGUCUGCGGUGAACGCUGAACGCGGAGGGGCGGGGCGGCUGGAACUGUGCUCCAGCCUUCUGGAGGGCGGGCUGACGCCCAGUGUGGGACUCCUGCAGGUGGUGAAGCAGAAUGUCAAAGUCCCGAUCUACGUCAUGAUCCGCCCGCGAGGGGGGGACUUCCUGUACUCGGAGCAGGAGGUGGAGGUGAUGAGGAGGGACAUCCAGCUGAUGAAGAGCAACGGGGCGGACGGGCUGGUGCUGGGGGUCCUGACGGAGGACGGACGGGUGGACGCCAAGCUCUGCAUGGAGUUACUGGCGCUUUCUCGUCCUCUUCCCGUCACCUUCCACAGAGCGUUUGACAUGGUGCAGGACCCCGAGGCGGCGCUGGAGACGUUGAUGUCUCUGGGGUUCCAGCGGCUGCUGACGAGCGGCUGUGACUGCUCAGCGCUGGAGGGUCUGCCUGUCCUCAAGCGUCUGGUUAAACAGGCUAAAGGCAGAAUUUCCAUUAUGCCAGGUGGUGGCAUCACAGAGAGGAACCUCCAAAGAAUUCUGGAAGGAUCCAGGGCUCAGGAAUUUCACUGCUCUGCCCGAUCGGGUCGGGAUUCCGCCAUGAAGUUUAGGAAUAGCUCCGUGACGAUGGGCGCCUCUUUCUCAGCUCCCGAGUAUGGCCUGAAGGUGGCAGAUGCGAGCAAGGUUCGCAACCUCAACGCAAUCGCCAGAAAUGCCAUGUGACAGUGCUGUGUGGAGGGCAUCAGAUGAUGUCACCAUGGGAUGGAUUCGCCUCAAGUUGAUAUAACAACCGUACUUUUUGUGCUUUGGAAUGCAACGUUCCAUGAGAUUUGUCAAGGUUGUGGAGAAUUUAAUAAAUUGAAUACCUUUUUCA